AUCGAACUAAACAGAUAAACAAAAAACAUUAAAACCCCAAACUUUAUUCUCCCCCUUGCUUCCUUCCUUCCUAUCAGAAACAGAUCUUUCGAUCCUCCUUUUUCGAAUAAUUUAUGCGAAAACCCUUUUAUUCGUAGUGAUUCCUCUUAACAACGAUGAUGAUCUUCUCCAAGCUUGGUCGCUCCUCCGCCUCUCGCUCAAGGGGUCUUUUGUACGGAGGUGGCGUGAGAUCGGCGAGGCUGCUUGCUCCUCCGCCGGCUAUUGAGGCGAACGAAGUCGAAGGUGGAUUAGGGUUUCUGAGGCGGCACUUCAACUCUUUAUCUGCUCGAAAGGGGCUUGUCAACAACAGUGAUUUGAUUGGUGCUUUCGCUAAUCCGAGACUUCGUCGGUUCUUCUCCGACCAAGCUCCGAAGAAGAAGAAUUAUGAGAACUACUUCCCUAAAGCUACAAAGGAAAAACCAAAGAGUGAUCACAAGUCUGACUCUAAAGAGGGCUCAGACAAGAACGAACAAGAGAGCGUUGGAGAUAUGUUCAUGAACCGUUUCCAAAAUUUGCUGAUUCCCCUGCUAGCUCUUGCCGUCUUCUUCUCAUCUUUCUCAUUUGGCUCUGGAGACCAGCAACAGAUUAGUUUCCAGGAGUUCAAGAACAAGCUUCUGGAGCCAGGUCUAGUCGACCACAUAGACGUCUCAAACAAAUCAGUAGCCAAAGUCUACGUAAGAAGCACUCCAAGAAACCAAGGAACAACAACAACAACUCAAGAUAACAUCCAAGGCAUCCCUGCCAAGAGAACCGGUGGUCAGUACAAGUACUACUUCAACAUCGGAAGCGUCGACUCUUUCGAGGAGAAGCUCGAAGAAGCUCAAGAAGCCUUAGGCGUGGACCCUCACGAGUUCGUCCCCGUGACCUACGUCACCGAAAUGGCCUGGUUCCAAGAGCUCAUGAGGUUCGCGCCGACUCUGCUCCUCCUGGGAACUCUCUUCUACGGCGCGAGGCGGAUGCAGGGAGGGCUAGGCGGGUUAGGAGGGACCGGAGGCGGGAAGAACGGCGGCCGCGGGAUCUUCAACAUAGGCAAAGCGACGAUAACGAGAGCCGAUAAAAACUCCAAGAACAAGAUUUAUUUCAAGGACGUGGCUGGAUGCGACGAGGCCAAGCAGGAGAUCAUGGAGUUUGUGCAUUUCCUCAAAAACCCUAAAAAAUACGAAGAUUUGGGCGCCAAGAUACCUAAAGGCGCGCUUUUGGUGGGUCCUCCCGGCACCGGGAAGACCCUCUUGGCCAAAGCUACGGCCGGAGAGUCGGGAGUGCCGUUUUUAUCCAUCUCAGGGUCAGAUUUCAUGGAGAUGUUCGUCGGUGUGGGGCCUUCUAGGGUUAGAAACUUGUUCCAAGAAGCUAGACAAGCUGCUCCCAGCAUUGUCUUUAUAGACGAGAUUGAUGCUAUUGGUCGAGCGAGAGGACGUGGAGGGAUAGGUGGGAACGAUGAGAGGGAGAGCACUUUGAAUCAGUUGCUUGUUGAGAUGGAUGGGUUUGGUACGACUGCUGGUGUUGUGGUGCUCGCUGGGACUAAUAGACCUGAUAUUUUGGAUAAGGCUUUGUUACGGCCCGGCCGGUUCGAUCGGCAGAUAACCAUUGAUAAACCGGAUAUUAAAGGGCGUGAUCAGAUAUUCAGGAUUUAUUUGAAGAAGAUUAAGCUUGAUCACGAGCCUUCUUAUUUCUCUCAGAGGCUUGCUGCUCUCACUCCUGGUUUCGCUGGAGCUGAUAUUGCUAAUGUUUGUAACGAGGCGGCUCUUAUCGCGGCUAGGAAUGGAGGAGCGACGGUCACGAUGGCGCAUUUUGACUCUGCGAUUGAUCGUGUUAUUGGUGGUCUUGAGAAGAAGAACAGGGUGAUAAGUAAGUUGGAGCGUCGUACGGUUGCGUAUCAUGAGUCUGGUCACGCGGUUGCUGGUUGGUUCCUGGAACACGCGGAGCCGUUGCUGAAAGUGACCAUCGUGCCACGUGGCACAGCGGCGCUUGGGUUUGCGCAGUACGUUCCGAAUGAGAACCUUCUCAUGACUAAAGAGCAGCUCUUUGACAUGACUUGCAUGACCUUAGGUGGCCGUGCAGCUGAGCAGGUGCUAAUCGGAAGAAUCUCGACCGGUGCGCAGAACGAUCUAGAGAAAGUUACAAAGAUGACAUACGCGCAAGUAGCUGUGUACGGUUUCAGCGACAAGGUCGGCCUCCUCUCGUUCCCUCCAAGGGACGAUGGCUACGAGUUCAACAAACCGUACAGCAACAAGACCGGUGCGCUCAUAGACGAGGAAGUAAGGGAAUGGGUGGGGAAAGCUUACGAGAAGACCGUGGAGCUCAUCGAGGAACACAAGGAGCAAGUGGCAGAGAUCGCUGAGCUUUUGCUGGAGAAAGAAGUGCUGCAUCAGGAGGAUCUUUUGAAAGUUUUGGGUGAGCGUCCGUUUAAAUAUGCCGAGGUGAGUAACUACGACCGGUUCAAGUCUGGGUUUGAAGAGAGUGAGAAGGAGGAGACGGCGGCCACGACGGUUACGCCUGUGGUGGAUGAUGGUACUCCCCCGCCGCUUGAACCGCAGGUGGUUCCGACGUAAGAGAGUGAGUGACUUUCACUGAUACGAUUGUACAUUUAAUUAAGAAUGCAAUAACACAUUUUACCACAACCAAAAGAAAAGCACUGUCUUGUGAUUCAGUGAACUUAAGUGUAGCAAUGAAUAUUUUUGUUCUGAAUUAUUGCUUCUAAUAAGAUGCUUUUAUAGUU